AGUUGCGCACGAGACAGCGCUGUUCGUCGUGACCAGGGAUCAAAAUUGGGGGAAAAUAUCUCCCCGAUUGCGGCGGCCGCAAAACCAAAAACAAGAUUCAGCUCAUCGGCGAGCUCGCGUUUUGCUCUUGGGUUUUGGGGUCGCGGAUUCCGCCUCUCCAAUCCAGAUGGGUGCUGCGACUCUCGCUUAAAGGAUACAUCUUGGGGCCAAGCCCUCGGGUGAUUGCUGGAGUUCCCCUGGGUGUUCCGUGGCAGCUAGGGUUUGCUCUUCCAGAGGCCCCAUCGUCGCUGCGGGCCUUCGAAGAAACUUGGGUGGUUCCAAGAUGCAGCCUUCCAAGAAACUUGCUCGCGUCGACACGGCGGAGAUCAAGUCGCAGCUAGUCAGGAAGCUCGGCCACCAGCGCUCUGAGCUCUACUUCCAUAGCCUCAAGAAGUUCCUGGGUUUUCAGCUAGCCAAGAGCGAGUUUGACAAGAUCUGCGUGGCCACACUGGGGAAGGAGAACAUCAAGCUUCACAAUUUCCUUGUCCAGUCAAUCCUCGGCAAUGCUUAUAUGUCGCUGGGGCCACCGCCCAGCAGGCAGACGCCAACUGGGAACUCACAGACUAGCGCUGUGACGAAUGGGACAUUGGCCAGUGGCGUGCCGCUAGCAAGGAGAGUGCGCCCGGUGGCUAACCGUGACAGGAGGUUUGCUGAUAAGCCGAGUCCACUUGGAAAGUCUCCUCUUGGUCAUCCAGGGGCUGCGGAGUUUGUGUCUGUGGAGGACGGCGAGGAGGUUGAUCAAGCCAGGGGCAGCCCCGUAUGUGUGCAGAGUCAGAGCCCAAUCAGGGCUCCGUUGGGAAUCCCCCCAAAGGCUCAGAAUUCUCAGCCUUCGAUAUCAUAUCCUUCAGAGAUUUGCUAUAAUAAUGGUGAAUUGCCAGGCAGCGAGGACCUGUCAAAGCUACUUGAGAAUAAACUGAAAGCGGAAGGCCUUAGCAUGUCCAUAGAGUGUGCUGAUCUGCUGAACUCUGGGCUGAAUGUGUACAUAAGCCAGAUGCUGAAGUCUUGCUUGGGGGUUGCAAAAGCAAGGGGAAAGACAAUGAGGAUGCCAGAAGCUAACAGGAGUGCCUCUGCUGCUGUAAAUGGUGGGCGGAAUAAUGCCACUGCUUCAGAUUUAGGCUGUUCCUACCAAGCUUCCCUGGUAGAUCUCUGCACCGCUGUACAGUCAAAUGCUCGGUUGCUGGGGUGUGACCAUGCCAGGCAAUAUGAGAAGAUUGCUUCCCACCUUGACAGCUAAAUGGCAGCACCCAAUUUUCUCAUAGAACUUCAUCGGUUGUUAUGUUGGGCAGAGUAGGCAAUCCUUUGCCAUAGAUUGGUGCUGUAGAAAUCUACAGCUAGUUAGGUUGAGGUGAAGUAGAUUUUGACUGCCAUAGGGCUGAGGGUGUUAUUGGUUAGGAUGAUACAUCAUGGAAUUUCAAUACAUCACAAUUCACUUUCAUUACUUGUGACUAUUCACGAAAUAAAGAGUUUCUGCCAAUGCACCUA